GUGCAUAAAAGAUAUGUAUUUGUGCCUGAGGCUGGAUUUGGGCACUUUCCAGGUUUACAUCAACUCUACAUCAACUUCAUACAACACCAGCAAAUUUGAUAGUCAUAAGUAAGAGGUAUAAUAGAUGCACACCUCUUCAACCUACACACCUGUGUUUACGAGUCAAGACUUCCCGCAUCUUUGACAUACUUACACAACUCAAUCCAACAAGAUAAACCUUUUCGGCCCGCUCCUUUCUAUCAAAGUAGAAACUGGUCUGCUUGUCACGACGUGCUAAUAUAUCCGUGCACAUGUACAGUCGAAGCACAUCACGUGUUUCUGGCUGUCAAAUCGAAACACGCUACAUUUCAACCUCUGGUCCUUGUCUCAAGUUGGCGUCGAUCGAGAAUGGAAUGAGAGAGGGAAUGGAAAGGAGCCAUCAAGAUACUUUUCAAUAACUUGUAACUAUCAAGAUUCAAACCCAUAACCCCUUACCCACUCACUCCAUUCACCAUGGAAAUCGAUCAAGACCCCCGAAUCUCCGCCGCAUAUACAACGCGUCUAGACCAAACCCUCCAAGAUCUCCAAGACCGAGUCCAGGAGCAAGAAGCCGCACUUGCAAAACUCCGAGCAAAAUCCUCACUCCCCAUAUCAUCCGGCCCAUCACCCGACCCCCAAACCCACCUCCGCCAACUCCGCGCUCUGAAACAAGCAUACGACACCCUCUCCACCACACCCCCGUACCUCCCACCGCCCAAAUCCGCCCUCCCCGCCCUCCUCGCCCACCGCACCACCACAUCCUGCAUCCGCGAAACCCAAGAAUGCAUAACCAGCAGCUCACAUGACCUCUCCACCACCUCCUCCCUCCUCCAAAAAGAAACCUCCUCCCACCAAGACGCCCUCUCCAUGCACUCCGCGCUCCAAACACGCAUUUCCGCCCUAACAACCCAACUCACGCAGCAAACCCAAAAAUCCCCCUCCCAGAUCUUUUCCGAGCUGCAAUCCUCCUUCCAAGCCGGCAAAACACACUACGACACCGAAACCGGCAAUCUCAUCCGCGCAUUCAACACCUUCAUCGAUUCACACCUCGCACCCAUGCUCGCCGCCGAAGAACUCGGCGGGCCCAUCGUAGGCGAAAUGCUCACCAUCACCCCGCAAACCCUCAUCGCCGGUUUCAGCACGCAGGGAAAGCCCAAAAAGCCCAAGGAAAACCCCAACAUGGAUAAACGACAGCGUCGCAUCGACGAAAUCUGGGGUCCCAAACCGUCCCUCGACCGAGACGAAGACGAGGACGAAGAAGAAGAAGAGGAAUGGGACGAAACACGUGCCGCCGCCGCAGAAAUGCGAGAAUUGGCCGAGCAGUUGCUGAACGGAUUACUGGAAGCUGAUGAGACGGGCUCUGAUGGAUAUGUCACGCUCGAGAGAGAUAGUGCGGCGGCGAGAUUUCUGGUCAGGAGUAAAGUUGCGCAGUAUCAUUUUAAGGAUGCGAGGAAAUUGAAGUUGAUCGAUUUUGAGAAAGAUAUUGUUUAAAUGAUUAUCUUUCUAGUAGGAUAUACCCUUGUUUGGAUUGCCAUAUUACUAGUUUAGCAAGUUGCAUACCCACCUACUAUUUGAUCAUGAUGAAAUAUUCUAUUCCAUUGCCUCCCCUUUCGUACCUCGAGUCUCGCAUUCUGCCUCUCUCACUUCUUCCCUUCUCACUCCUAUACCGACACCUCAACACCUCAACUCAACUCAACUCAACUCAACUCAAAUCCCCCAACCACAAAAUUCUCAUUCGUUUUCACUACUCACUGCGCUUCUUCUUCCUUUCCCCAUCCCUUCCCUUCCUUUCCCACUUCACUUUACUUCACUUCUCUAAUUUGCACUCCCUACGCCAAAGCUGGGAACAUACAAAUACAGCACACAUACAAGAUCCAUACAUCUGCACUAAGCUAAACUACACGACAAACCCACAUCCAUAUCCACACGCAAUCCCAACCACCGUCUUCACCCAUCCCUCCUUCCUUCCUUCCCCCCCCCCUCAUAUUUUCAAAUUUUCCA